UGUGUCAGAGCAUUUUUCAUCAUGUAAAUGCACUGAGAGAGAGAGAGAGCGCAAAAGAGAGAGAAGGAGAGUGAGAGACAGGGGAGGGAGAGCGAAAGGAGAGAAAGAAAAGGGGAGUUAAGGGGGGCAGCAGAAAAAGAUUGUCUCAGAGUUGUCAGCAGAAGUGAUGGAUUCAGCACAGAGAAAGUGAUAGUCUUCUCCUACCGGGCUACAGAGAGCACACUGACCAGACGAUGCUGCUCUCUCACUGCCUCUGAGGAAACUACUCAUUACAUCUAACACAUUUGGAUGUAUUCUCUUUUAAUUGUCAACUAUUGAGUGACAGGGUUUACUCAGGUGCCAAAGAGCAAGUGAUCCAGAGAGAGAGGGACAGCCCCAAGCAGCUUUUACACAGACUGGUGAUGACUUUCUUCAAGGGGACACGUCAAUCAGUGUUGCCGGGAGGGCAAGGGAACUGAAGGGAUAACAAGCUACAGUCUACAAUUAUCUGGUGUGUGUGAGUGAGAGCCCUUCCCAGACUGAUGGAGCUCCCCGUGGUGCUGCUGUUCCUAGUGUAUGGUCUUGUCUCUGGAGCCCAGCAGCCCCAGGGUCAGGGGAACCCUCAGGAGAGCAACCCCCAGGCCAGGAGCAAGGAAAGGGAGAGCAGUGAGGAUGGCCUGGAGAGAGAGUUCCUGUAUGCUGGGCAGAGGAGCAGGCGAGCCCCCGCCGAACCCCAGCAGCCUGACAAGUGUUCCUACACCUUCAUCGUUCCCCAGCAGAAGGUGACAGGGGCCAUCUGUGUGAACCGCAAGGAGCCGGAUGCAGCGUUGGAGAACCGCGUCAACAAGCAGGAGCUGGAGCUGCUGAACGUGGAGCUGCAGAAGCAGAAGAUGCAGAUCGAGACGCUGCAGCAGCUGGUUGAGGUGGACGGAGGCAUCGUCAACGAGGUCAAGCUGCUGAGGAAGGAGAGCAGGAACAUGAACUCUAGGGUGACCCAGCUCUACAUGCAGCUGCUACACGAGAUCAUCAGGAAGAGGGACAACGCCCUGGAGCUGUCCCAGAUGGAGAACCGCAUCCUCAACCAGACCUCGGAGAUGCAGCAGCUCACUAACCGCUACAAGGACCUGGAGCACAAGUACCAGCACCUGGCCUCUCUGGCCAACAACCAGUCGGUCCUCAUUACCCUGCUGGAGGAGCAGUGCCAGGGUCGGUCUGUCAGCCCCCCUCGCCCUGUUCCCGUCCCCCAGCCAAGGCCACAGCCCCCACCUGCACCAUCACCACCCAUCAACAAGCCCUACCAACCUCCCACCUACCCACGCCUCACCAACCAGAUCACCAAUGAGAUUCAGAGUGACCAGAAGUCUGUACUGCCUGUCAUUCCUACCAUGCCCAGCGGCACAGGCAGCCCCUCUAUCACUUCCAAACCCUCUGGGCCAUGGAAGGACUGCCUACAGGCCCUUGAGGAUGGCCACACGGCCAGUGGCAUGUACCUGGUGAAGCCAGAGAAUGCCAACAAACUAAUGCAGGUGUGGUGUGACCAGAGACAUGACCCUGGUGGCUGGACCGUCAUCCAGAGGAGACUGGACGGCUCAGUGAACUUCUUCAGGAACUGGGAGACUUACAAGCAAGGCUUUGGGAACAUCGAUGGAGAGUAUUGGCUGGGCCUGGAGAACAUCUACUGGCUGACCAACCAGAGGAACUACAAGCUGCUGGUGACUCUGGAAGACUGGUCUGGCAGGAAGGUGUUUGCAGAGUACGCCAGCUUCAGGCUGGAGCCUGAGGCAGACUUCUACAAGCUCAGGGUGGGCCGCUACCAUGGCAACGCCGGAGACUCCCUCACCUGGCACAAUGGCAAACAGUUCACUACGCUGGACAGAGACCAUGAUGCGUAUACAGGUAACUGUGCCCACUACCAGAAGGGAGGCUGGUGGUACAACGCAUGUGCCCAUUCUAACCUCAACGGAGUAUGGUACAGAGGAGGACACUACCGCAGUCGCUACCAAGAUGGAGUCUACUGGGCUGAAUUCAGAGGAGGUGCCUACUCCCUGAAGAAAGUAUCUAUGAUGAUAAGACCGAACCCAAACACCUUUCAUUAAAUAUCCA